AAAACUAAAUGACCACUAUCUUUAUGUCUCUACUUUACUUACAGUAAGACUGUCAGCAUUAAAAAUGUCUUUCACUCCGUUUAUGUCUCAAUGUGUCUGUAUGAUGAAGCUUUAUAAAUCCAUUAAACUAAAUCCCAUAAUGUGAGUUUAUUCAUGUGUAGGCCUACAGCACUGGAGAAAACCCAGAAUAUAAUUAGAAGAUAUUUUCUGGACAGUGUUUUGCAUUCAAAACCUUAAAUUUUCUGUUUUUCAGUUCACAAUUAUUUUGUCUUCUGUUGUCUCUGGAGUCAGAUUUGAGAUGUGUUUAAUGUGUCAGAGGUGUCAUCCACGUGUAGUUGUGUGAGGAGUGAACUGAGAUCAGCUGGGAACAAAUACAGAUGUUCUGGAUGUCUCGUUUCCAUGGAAACCACUGAUUCUGCCCUGCCUCCUACAGCCUGUGUGUACACACACCGCUGUUCACAGCACAUUUGCAGUGCUUUUAUAAAGGCUACUGUAGGUCAUCUAAUGUAAUACGAUGAUAAGGCUCUAAUAAGGAAACAGCACACCGAGAGAAGAAAAAUGGCUGCGCCAAGAGAGGAACUACAGGAGGCCUUGUGCCAGUACACUACAGAUACCCUUAUCUGCAUUGACACACUGAGAGGCUUCUGUGAGAAGAUCCCUAAAUGGAUGCUUGGGAGGAAAACAGAGUUAAACAUGAUUAUGGACAUUAAAGACAGAGCUGACAAAAUCGACCUGAGCAUCAGCCAAGUUAAACAGUCAAAGAAGAGAGGCAAGGCUUUUCUGGAAUACAUGAAGAGCAAGGCGACCCAGAUGACUGCAGACAGCAGACGUAAAGAGCUGGAGAGGGAGCUGGCUGCUGUGCUGAAGGACACUCUGGGAGGCCUGGAAAAGCUCAACUGCUUCCUGGAUGCAGUGGAGAGGCUGGCGGUCACCUCGCUGCAUGUGUUUAAUGAGGAGAACCGGGUGUUGCAUCUGCCCCAAGAGAUCAGUCCUGGCACUGUUCAGGUUGGCAUCAUUGCUGCACGGCUGGUCUGCCCACUCCUCCUCCAGUUUAAAAGAGAUGCAAAGGCCUUCUUCCUUCCCAAACUUCAGAAUGUGGAAGUGCUUGCAUAUCAGUUGGACAAAUACAUCCAGACCACCCAGAAGAUCUGUGACAAGUUAGAGAAAAGCUGUUUCAGUGAGUUUUCCCUGGAGAUGGCCACCAAUACUGUGGUAGACCUCGAGGUGAAUAUGUCUGAAGAUGACAUACGGAGGAUGCUUUGUCACAUUAAUCAGCUCGAGGAAAUCAGGAUGGAUGAGAGCUUCCGGAUGGUUUUCUUGUUCAAGGAGGAAUCAUGUCGUCACUUCAUCAGUGAGUUUGAUGAACGACAGCCCAGGAUGCUGCAGUUUCUAAAUGACCUGGAGGAGAUUGCUGUUAAGCUUGACAGGAUGAAUAAAGGGGCAAAGAUCUCCAGUGUGGCAGGAAGCUCGGUGGGGGCGGUUGGUGGUGUUCUUGCCAUCAUUGGUUUGGCACUAAUUCCUGUAACAGCUGGAGUGUCUGUCGCUCUGACAAUGACUGGGAUGGGGCUGGGAAUUACCAGUGGAGUUAACAGCGCUGUCACCACAGCCACAGAGACUGGAGUCAACCGCACAUAUCAAAAGAAAGCCAGUGAAGCCUUCAAGAGCUUCAUGGAGGAUGUUCAGAGUCUCCAGGAUUGUCUGGACGAGGUCACCAACAGGGAAGCAAGUCAGAUAGAUGUGGCUGUGGGAGUAAGCAAGGUGCUUUGUAAAGUUGGUCUUGUUGGAAAAAGCAUAGAUUCAUUUGUUGAUGCUGCCUCUGCUGUUAAGAUGUUGAAAAGUGAGGAGCUGAUUGUAGGUGCUGGUAAGGUGGUGGCCCAGGAAGGUAAAGCAUUACGUAACGUACCCAGAGUGGCGUCAGAUAUCCCAGAUAUUGGUCAGGCAGCAGUCAAAGGGCCCCUUGCUCUCUCCAACUCAGCCAGGGCUAGUGUCAUGGCGUUCAAUGCUCUUUUCGUUGGCAUAGACAUCUUCUUCAUCUGUAAAGACAGCAUCAGUCUGGCCAAAGGCAGCAAGACCGAAGUCUCACAGCUCAUCAGAGCCAGAGCUGCACUUUGGAGCUCAGAGAUGGACUCGUGGAAGAAAAUCCAUGAUUCACUGUGUCAGGGUCUGCUGACAUCAGAGAAAAAACGCGCUAUCCUGAAGACGCCAUUUGAGCCAGAGAUGGAGAUCAAGAAAGUUAAAGAAAGAAAUGGAAUUUCCAUCUGACGAAGUGGAGGAAAGAAAAACAGUUUUGUGUAAUACAGUAGAACCAGCAGUAGUCUCACAAUGUGCUUUUUUGACAACUCUGAUUAAUGUGAAUGAACCAUGUACGAGAAUUCAGUCUUGCUAAUAGCUGUAAAUCAUUGAUCAUCGUUGAACAUUAUUUAAGUCUGUUCA